AUGGAUCCCAACAACGCUGCGGCAAGCAGCGCCCACGACCUAAGCUCGCUUGAUCUGAGCUGUCUGAAUGAGGCCGAACGUAUCGUCAUCAACUCGUUCAUGCGUGGGCCGCACGCCCAUUUUGAGCACCUUGGCGUUGGGCCCAACGUCAAAUGGGACGAAAACCUGUCCAAGCGUGCCUUUUACCAUCUCGUGGCCAUCAAUCAUGCCACCCUCAAACUGCUCGUGGCGCAAGCCCGCCUCUGCUCCAUGCAGCAAAUGAAUGCCCCCAACCUCACGAAUGGAGCCAGCGCCACAGCCCUGGGCUCAUUGCACCCCUUCUCCUUGGGCAAUCCCGCCACCUCUGUCACCAUGGCCUCCAAUCCCCUCGCCAACGGGCCUGGCCUCCGCACUCAACUCAUGGCCCCGGACUUUGCUCUUGCUCUGCUUGGCAACGGCACCACCCCCCAUGCUUCUGCCGGUCUCGGUGCGCUCAAUCCCGGCCUGUACAACCCCAGCGCCUCGAUCCUCGGCGGCCCCUCCAGCUCGGGUGCCUCGUCCGUCCUGCCCAGCCCGUCUGCACAUACGCCCGAUGCCGCAACGGAUGCCAACCACCUUCCAAAUCCUGACCCAGCUUCUGGUCGCCAAGAACUCACCCGUGCCGGUCGGCCGGCGCGCAAAAAAAUGAAGGCUACUGCCCUCGAUGCGGCCCUUCGCACAGAGAUGCCAAACUGGCCCAGUGUGCAGGAUGAUUUUGUUCGGUGGACGCGCUUGGCUUGGUUUGAGGCUGGCUUCGCGUCAACCAUCAGUGAUGGCGCCAUCGGGGUGCAAACACGGCGCCCCUUCUCUCCCUUUCUGACAACCACCUUUGCUCAAGUGGGCGUGCAUUUGCCUUCCAUGUCCCCCAAUCUCCUGCGCGCCUUCAAUUCGUGGGUGGACAUGCAUUUGCGCUCUUUGCGAGAUCACUUCAAGGGGCGCAUUGACAAGCCCCACGCCGGUAAGGCCUCAUUGGCAGCCCGCUCACUGGAAGACACCACCUUUGUCAGCCUGACCGAGUUUAUCAACAACAUGUGCAACAGCUAUAACCUCAUCAACUCGGAGCUAAGCGUGGCAGCCGUACGCGCCCUCUGCAAGCUAUACCUCAAUGUUCGCAACAUGGCCACGGCAAAGGAUAGCGAGGGCGUCUUGCGCGUACAUAUCCGCGAUGCCUCCAAUCGCCAGCCACCCAACAUUUUGCGGGGCACCUUGCCACAAGAUCGCGAGGACGACGACCUUCUUACAUUGAUAACUGAGUGUGGAGCCAUUGACUUUGACUUGCCCACAGACACAUCGGAUACGAUGGCGCUGGCGGUGCUGAUGGUCAUGAGCACCAGUGCCACGACGCUGACGCUGGAUCAAGCGGGUUGUUUCAGCAGCUUGUCAGGUGCAGCCAGCGCGCAAGUGAACCUGUUGACCAACGUCACGUGCGAGUGGUUUAGUGUGACCAUGGUCACUGAAAGUGGCACGUCCACCAUCUCCCUUCCGAGUAGCACGCGUCCCAGUGCCCACAUUUCGGCUCAUGGCAAAGACUUUGCCCUCUCCUGGCCCAAGAUCACCGAGGGUCUGGAAAUCGACAUUGGUUUAACCUUGGAGUUGCAGCACAAUGUCACGCUAGACGCCUACGAGCUGCGCGCCAAGGUUGUCAAUCAUCGUCCCAAAGCCAAGGCCAGCCUGUGGCAGCUGGAGCUCAACUUGCGCAAUGUGCGACAACCCGAGGAUGGCUCUGCAUUCUUCCCCGCCGGGUAUGGCGUCCGCUACCAAGGCGCCUUUGCAGCCUCUGGCUCGUAUCCGUCGUCCGGCGCAACCAUGCAAUGGAUGGCGGCAGGGGGUGGGGCGGCCAACGAGGGGCAAGGCCUGUACUUGGCAGCUCACGAUGGCUAUGGAUACAUCAAGUUCCUCAAUGCGGCAGCCGUUGAAGACGUAGCCUCCCUCAGCAUCGUUUACCUGGUUGAGGAUGCUGGCCUGCCCUUUGCCGAAUCAACCAUGCCGUUUCCACUGACACUCGCCGUGGUAGGCGGCGGCGAUGACCUGUGGUAUCAGGCGGCGCAGAUGUAUCGAACCUUUGCGCUCGGCGAGGCCCAGUGGAUGCAGGCCGGUCGUCUGCACCAGCGACAAGAUAUCCCUGGCUGGUAUGUCAAUAACAGCAUCUGGAUCAAUAGCGGCUGGCAGUGCCACGACAUUUUCAACGAGACGCAAGGUGACCCCCACACGGUCCUGAACGUCACCCGUCGCAUCCGUGAACGUUUCAACACCAACAUGGCGCUUCACUGGUAUGAGUGGCAGCAGGGCCCAGAUGCGAAUGCAAGCGCGCGCUACCGCUUUGACACGCAUUAUCCUGAUUAUUUGCCGCCGCGCGGCGGUGACUACUUUGGCACCGUCGUGCGCGAGCUGGAGAAGGAAGGCGUUCACAUCUUCCCCUACAUCAAUGGUCGAAUUUUCGAUGUGGCCUCGACAUCAUAUGCCCAGCACAAUGGCAGUGAUCACUGCUGCCGCAAGGCCAACCCCAGUUUUGGAGCUGCCGACCAAUCCUUCUACGUCGAAAGCUAUGGCUCGGGCUCGACCUUCCACACGGCCGAUCCAACCGACAUCUACUGGCAAACUACCUUGGCCGACACGGUGGAUGCCUUGGUUAACACCUAUGGCGUGGAGGGCGUGUAUAUCGACCAGCUCGCAGCAGCAGCCCCGACGCCAGACUGGACGAGCUGGCAUAAUCACACGAAAGGAGGCGGCUUUUACUGGCGCACCGGCAUUGUGGACAUCAUCAAGGCCAUGCGCCAGCGCGUGGGCCCUACAGUUCCCCUGGUCACUGAGUCCAACAGUGAACCCUACAUGGAUGCAAUCAGCGGCUUUUUGACACUGGUGGCCUUUGAACCAGCCUUUGUGGGCACCAAGGCCUUGGUUCCAGCUUUCCCAGCCAUCUAUGGCGGUUACUUUGUGGGGUUUGGCGACAUUUUCAAUGCUGAGGAUUUGGCGGACCAAGACCCUUUGAUGGCACGAGUUGUGGCGCAAUUUGUCUAUGGCGCUCAGCUGGGAUGGUUCUCUUUGGGUGGCGUGACUUCAGGCCCGGACGUUGAUACAUCUUGUGGCAAGAUGGGCGAGUAUGAUCUCUGGAUGAGCGAGAGCAGCGACGCCAUCGUGGCGGCUGUCGAAUACUAUGGCAACCUGCGCGUUUGCCUGCUCGAGUACUUGGCCCACGGCCGCAUCCUGGCGCCGCCCUCAUUGUCACCUGCCCCAGCCGAGUUCAUGGCUGUGGAGACCGCCGUUCAGAAUGCCGGACCGUUCCCGAGUGCCAUGUCAGCGGUAUGGCUUCAUGAAGACGAAGCGAGCGCCGUUAUCAUUGUUGCUGGCGUUUUGGAUGCUGGGCAGACCUACAACGUGUCCGUCGACUUGACCUUUUCGCUACCAAGCCUUCACGAUCGUCAAGUGACGGUACAAGAAAUGUCCUGCGAUGGACUCUCCCAACAAUUGGACGUAAUGCCCGCCAAUGACAUCCAAAUCUAUGACGUGACACUCUCGGACCGCAACGCCCGCGUCUAUCGCGUCCACUUUGGUGCAUAA